AUGAUUAGCACGCUCUGGGAAUCUUUCUUGAGAGACGAUGUUGAGAGCUUCCGGCGAUGUCUGGCGAACGCCAGUUAUACGUCUGGCAGCCAGCGGCCUUUUGGCGCGGGAGGAAGCCCAGGCUUCAAGGCCGGAAGCCUCGGUGGAGUGACACCAUCUUCUCUUCUCUCUUCAAAAGACAAAAAGCUAAGCGGGACAUCUCCUGGAGCUACCACGCCUGAUCGAAAUACUGGAGGCCCGCGUCCCGGCAAGGCAUUGUCCCGUGCAGAAUUAAAUACGAGAGAUCACUAUGGCAGAACUCUCUUGCACCUUGUUUCUUCAUCACAGAAGCCCUCUGCUAUUCACUUCGCCACAUCUCUCCUCGAGAUCCCCUUUCUUGACUUGUAUGCGCAGGAUUGGGAGAGCGGAUGGACAGCUCUGCAUCGGGCGCUUUACGCAGGCAACGCUACCAUAGCACAGGCCCUGAUGGCUAGAGACAUAAGUGAUGUAACCGAUUUCAGCAAGUCAGGGAACGUGGGUCACCCAAGCGGAGGCCUGAUUAAGAUUAAAGAUCGAGAAGGUUUUAGUCCUUUUGAAGUAUACGGCGCUACCAUUGCUUCUCGAGACAUCAAACGAAUCACUUCCUCCACUGCAUCUCUCGACCCCUCAGAGCUGGAGCAUAGUGACAUCGCUUCGAAUGCACCGUCCCUUCAAGACGAUUUAACUGAAGACAGCUGUGUCGGCCGAGGUUCACUAAAACCGCGGACGAAUUUGGCUGCCGAUGAAGUCUUUACUUUUGGCAGCAACAAAAAUCUGAACCUUGGUCUAGGAGAUCAGGAUGAUCGUCAGUUUCCCGUGAGAAUCAACCUUGAGCGCCCGGAGCACCUUCUGCGCCGAUUAUAUCGUGAGUUCCUGGACCGGCAAUUAGAUGACGGUACACCGUCUUCCCAUCAAGACGUGACUCGCACCGCAGACCUACCAGCCUUGAUAAAAAAUAAGCCUAUCAAGAUUCAGGCCAUUGUCAUGUCUAAACUUCAUACGGCUAUCCUCACCGAUGAUCCCGAGUCAAAUCUCUUCUUGUGCGGGUUUGGUCCCGGCGGACGAUUAGGCACUGGCGACGAGCAGACAAGGUUCAGCUUCGUGUGCAUCGAAACAGGGGGGCUCGCUCAUAAGAGAGUUAUUUCAGUGGCUCUUGGCCAGGACCACACCCUCGCGAUAACCGCGCACGGUGAGGUUUUCAGCUGGGGUAGUAAUAAGUAUGGACAACUCGGUUAUAGCCUUCCACGAACGCAGAGUCGAGAUGAUGUGCCCAUGCAGAUGUCUCCGAGGCAGAUCUUCAAUCCAUUCAAGAAAGAAGUGAUCCUCGGGGUGGCUGCGUCUGCGAUCCACUCUGUGGUCUUCAGUAGUUCUGGCCUUUAUACCUUCGGUAAAAACGAAGGUCAACUCGGAUUAGUCGAUUCGGACGCUCGAUCCCUUGAAUAUCAGAUUACGCCUCGGCGCGUUGGAGCGUCCCUAUUCAGCGCCGGUAUACAAAGCGUAUCUGCCAUUGACCACGCCACAGUCGUUCUUCUCCAAAAUCAUGAAGUUUGGGUGUUCUCCCAAUAUGGCUAUUCUAGGAUCUCAUUUCCGUUGGACGUUAGCUCAAGCUUCAUUAGAAACAGCUUCAUGGCAACACGGUAUGACACAUCGGUCAAUCGCAUCGUUCAGGUGAGAUCCGGUGGCGAUACAAUCUGUGCACGGUCAAGCUCUGGCGAAGUCUUCACAGUUCGCGUUAAUAGAUCUGAAAAUCCUCCGACUUCGACUUCGACUACAAAUCCAUCAAAGACUCGCAACUCUCUAUCUGCCCCAGCCCGUGUUUGGACUGUGAAGAAGGCGCAUAUGGCCGUCACAGAUGUUGACGUCGGACAAGACGGGUCCAUCAUUAUAUGUACGGCUUCGGGGUCAGCCUGGACGAAAGAGAAGCGCAGGAAGGCAAAGGACGGAAUUUCGAAGGAUUACAAAUUUGCUCGUGUCCCAGGCCUGUCUCGCGUUGUGGGGGUGUGCAGCAACGCCUAUGGGGCUUACGCCGUAGCGCAGCGUGACUGCGAUGUGACCAAGGAGCAGAUAAAUGUCGAUCAAAGCACAUUGUGGGAAGACUUCCUCCCAUUAUCGCCCUUCGCUUCGCUAGUAUCCACCGUUACUCCGUUAAAGACGGAUGAUGCCUCAGAUGCUCUUUUGGAUGGAGGAUCCGCCGAUGCAAUGAAGAGAGCGGCAAUGUCGAUUUCGGACAUUGAAUCUUACUUCCAGCCUCUCCGAAACGAGGCACCUGAGGGCACCGUUUUCCUCUUGAGCUCUCUUUCUGAUGCGCGAAUACCAGUUCACGAAUUUCUUUUAACCGGGCGUAGCUCGGUUCUCAGGAAGGCCUUCCACGAGUUUCGACAGACAUACUACUUUUCUUUGCCUGAUGUUCUGGACAUUGAGUAUGGGCCAAAUGGACAAUGCCAUGUGCGGUUCAAUGGAUUGGAUCUUCUGACGAUCCUCAAUCUCUCCUUUUUCUUAUAUGCAGACAAUGUGUUGGACGUAUGGCACCAGAUGAGAGCUUCGGCUGCAAAUGCGUCAAGAUAUCGCCAAGUCCGCUCUGAGGUUAUGCGGAUCGCAACGUACCUGGGCCUGCCAACCUUGGAACGAGCUGCGCGGCUCAUGAUAGAGCCUACGCAGAGUCUGAAAUUUGAUAUGGCCCAUGCGUUUAACGAUCCGACUUUCUUCGAGAGCUCUGAUGUAAUCAUAGAGCUCAACGGCGAAACAAUGAAGGCUCACAGUCAAGUACUUUGCCAGAGAUGCCCAUUUUUCGACACCUUGUUCAACGGCCGCUCUGGCGGAAGAUGGCUAUCAUCGCGCCGUACGAGUGUAAAUGACAGCAUUCGCGUUGAUCUCAAACACAUAGACCGGCCCGUCUUUGAGUUUGUUCUUCGUUAUAUCUAUACGGACGCGGAGGAGCAGCUUUUUGAUGAGGUCCGAUCGCAAUCGCUGGACGGAUUCAUCGAUCUAGUACUUGAUGUCGCGUUCAUAGCGAAUGAACUGAUGAUCGACCGAUUAGCGCAAGUAUGUCAGAAGAUGCUAGGCAAAUUUGUAACCACGACCAACGUAUGCGGCCUCCUCAAUUCGAUUUCUCCGUGUGCGGUGAGCGAGUUCAAAGAUGCUGCAUUAGAGUAUAUCUGCCUCAAUCUGGAAGAUGUAUUGGCGCAAAGGUACCUCAGAGACCUUGACGAGAACUUGCUUAACGCCCUUGAUACUGUUUGCCAUGAUAAUCAAAUGACAAGCUUCCCAGUAUCGAGAGGACGGAAUUCUGAAGCCUAUGUGUUUGAGAAGUACCCUGAACUCGUCGCAUCGAUACAAGCGGAUAGACGGCGGAUGAUUGAUUCGAUGAGGCUCCAGUACCGUCUCAACUGUCUUCAAAGCUACGAGGAGAAGCCCCGUCCCGUCGCUGACGAUAAGGUGGCUACGUCACCGUCAGUGCAGAAGGCCAAAGCAGCUUUUCUUAAAGAGAACUCGGACAUACCUCGUAGUCCCAUGUUGAAGUCCAGACAAUCAACCAGUGACUUGAUGUUCCAGAUGGACGACGACCCCAUGUUGUCACCGGCAGAUUCAGCCAAGGGAAAGACAGCAAUCCGCAAAGGUAGGGCGUCGGAGCCGUCACUAGAUUUUCCAGCUUUAGGCACAAGCCUCGGUGACAAGCAAUCGUUCAACAAUGAUUCGAAUGUCCUGCGAGAAUCGUUGCAGUCACCUCAAGAGAACGCCCUUUCGGAGUCGCCGUCGGCAUUCAGAGCAGCAGUACUCGAACAGAAGAAGAAUGGUUAUCUCGUCUCCAGCCCAACCCAAACACCGUGGGCUUCGUCGGCUAUCUCGACUCCGAAGAAAGAUUUGAAGGAUAUUAUGUCCGAGACCUCGGAGAGAAGGGUGUCCAAUCUAAGCCUUGGCAUGUCCGCUCGCCGUGAGAACAGCAACAACUUUACCCCCAAGCUGUCUCAGAAGGAAAGGAAGAAGCUCCAACAGCAGCAAUUGCAGGAGAAGCUUGCGGCUCAGGAGAAAGCGAAGGAGGCACCACAGAACCCAUGGAAACUCUCUGCUCCGGUCAAAUCACCAGACAAGCCUGGUACUCCCAAGCCUGGUACUCCUUUUGGAUCUCAUGGAAAGGAUGGGGAAUCCUCUCAACCGUCAAAGUUCGCUCAGAAGCCUUCUAUGACCCUCCGUCAAACCCUUGCUGGGACGCCGCCGCCCAGAUCGACACCAAGCGCGACACCAAGCGCAACACCAGCACCUGGCCAAGGCCGCAGUGUCUCUGGCGGCCCGCAGCCAGCCAUGAAGCCUUCGCCACAGGGCCCAGCCGCAGCCGGGCCCUCGACAUCUCCCAAUGGUCUGGCUAGUGCUCAGACUCCCAUUAAAUCCAUACGCCACUUACCACGCUCGGAACCGUACCAGACGAGUUUCCAUUCCCCUUCACCUAACUCGCUGUCCUUGGCUGCGAUCUUAAUGCAACAGCAGACCGAAAAGGAUGAGCUGCGAGAGGCAGCAACAGCUAAGCAUAAUCUUCAAGAUAUUCAGCUGGAACAGGAGUUUCAGGAAUGGUGGGACAAAGAGAGCAGGCGUGUUCAAGGGAUACCGGAGCCUGAUUCAACCACAGCCAGUCAAAAGGAGAGCGAAGGUAGAGGUGGUCGCGGCGGACGCGGUAGAGGAUCAAACAAUCGCAAGAAGCGUGGCAAGGGUCCAGAGAAUGCUGCUGGCCCUUCGGGAUUGACUCAACAGCUGUCUCAGGCGAAGGGCCAAAACGGGCAGAAGACCUCGGACUCUCGUCGGGACAACGUUCAACCCGAAACGAACGGAAAUCAUGCGAACGCUGCCGGCGCCAAUUCUCGUCGCGGCGGCAGAGGAGGCCAUCCGAGGAAGGGAAAAGAACGCGACCGAACUGCGUCAGGCCAGACCGUUCAUUGA